AUGGAUUUUUCAACUGAAGUUGCUCGUAGUCUUAAAGGUUCUCGAAAUAAUGGACUUAAAGGCAUUAAUAAACGUACUCAAAAAAACAAAGACAUUAAUAAAUCUAUUAAGACCGUAAAGUCUCGUAAUAAUAAAGAUAUCGCUCGUGCUAUGAAAGAUUCUGAACCAGUCAUAGCUUAUCAACCCGACGAACCACCUAGGGAAGAACUUCCUUACACAAAAUUUUUCCCGGAUUUAGAUCCCGAAGAACAACUUUUGCGGGUUUAUGCUUCUGAUAGUGAUUCCGAAAUAGAAAAGGCAGAAAAGGUAGAAAAGGUGGAAAAUGUAGAAAAUAUAGAAAACGUAGAAAAAGCAGAAAAAUUAGAAAAAGUAGAUAAAGCUCAGAAAUCAAGUCCACAGCCUCGAGAUAUAGAUGAAGAUAUAGUACAAGAAGAUGAACAAGAUCAACAAAAUCAAGUAGACAGUAACAGUAAACCAUAUCAAAGACCUGAAGGGCAUUAUUUAAGAUAUAAUGAACCAGAUGAAAGAAUACUCGCUGAUCGUGUUGAAUAUGAUAUGGACGAACAGGAUGACAUAUGGCUUAAAGCACUCAAUUAUGAACGUAAAAAGGAAGAUUUGGGAGAACUUGGUGCAGAUCUUUUUGAGAAAUUAAUUGAUCGUUUGGAGAAAGCAUGGUUUGAUUUGACAAAAAAUUUACCAAAGGGACAAGGAGAUAAAGAUAAUCUCACCCCCGAAGAUUCAGCUUGUGCAAUAUGUGAUGAUGGAGAAUGUGAAAAUAGUAAUGCAAUCGUAUUUUGUGAUGGUUAUUGUUACGGUAUACCAUAUAUUCCUGAAGGUCAAUGGUUAUGUCGUAAAUGUAUCGUCUCUCCUGAAACUCCAUCAUGCAUAUUUUGUCCCAAUGAAGGUGGCGCAUUUAAAAAAACAAAUACUAAUCGUUGGGCUCACUUACUUUGUGCUCUAUGGAUUCCCGAAGUUGGUUUAUCAAAUACGGUUUAUAUGGAACCAAUUGAUAAUAUUGAAGGAAUUCCACGUGCAUGUAUUCAAUGUCAAAACGCUCAUUGUUGUACGGCUUUCCAUGUCACAUGCGCGAGAAAGGCUAAACUUUGUAUGCGAAUGAAAUUCCCUGAUUUUCAUAAUGAAUCUUAUCAAAUGAAGGCAUAUUGUGAUAAACAUACACCGCGUGAUUAUAAGGAACAGGUUGAUGUCACCACCACAGUAAUAGCUGCACAAAAAUUAUUAAUGAAUGAUGAUGUACCAGUUUCUAAAAAAAAAGGUCAAAGUUCUAAAUCUGCAAGAGCCUAUAAUCAUUCAUAUUCUGAAACUGCACCAAUUGCUCCCGCAAUUAUCAUCGAUAAACUUUUACCCAUUUUAUCUAAUCAAAAAGGAUCAAUUAAGAAAAAACAAGAACUCGUUGCCACAAUUUGUAAAUAUUGGUCAUUAAAACGGGAAUCUAGGCCUUCAGCUCAUAAGCAAUCUGAUAAAGAAAAAUUCUGUAAAUUCAUGGGUAUGCGACAACUUCGUAAAGAUUUAGAAAAAAUAAGGCUAUUAAUCGACUGUGUACACAGACGGGAAAAGGCGAAACUAAAAAGAAAUAGAUUGAUAACGCAAUAUCUUGAAACUGUACUUUUCCCUCUCGAUUACAUCCUUUCUCCGGUUAUUGAAGAAAUCAUAAGUCAUGACAAGCAAGAAAUAUUUGUCAAGCCUGUUACCGAAGAUGAUGCACCUGAUUAUUCUUUGCAUAUCAAGCAUCCCAUGGAUCUUGGAACUAUCAAGAAGAAAAUCGAGACUCAUGAAUAUAGUUUAGGUCCGGGUAUGCAAGAAUUCGAGAAUGCCAUGACCUAUAAUACUUCGAAUACAGUUUACUAUAGGAACGCAAAAAGAAUGUAUCAACUUUGUAAACCUAUUGUAGAAAAAGCAAAGAGAGAUUAUGCCGGGUUACAAGUUGAUCCUAAAAAAGGGAUCUUAAAUGUUAAAAUUCAUCCUGAAGUUUUCACUUACAAUUCGAAACCUUUAAUAUUUCCUCAAAAAGAAAAAGAAAUAACAAAAUCUUCAACUUCAACUACUUCUCGAUCAAAUCGUUCUAAUAAGAAAGAGGUUGAUGGGACAUCAUCAUCACCUCAUCCCAUUCAUAAAACGAGAGAAACUCGUUCAACUACUGCUGCCAAACGUAAGAAAAAUAAAAGAUCUUUGACAAAAGAGGUUAAACCUAAAGCUCCAAAAGGAACAAGAUCUCGAAAUCAAAAUCAAACAGUUCCCGAUUCACAACCUAAAAUAAUAAAAGGAAAUGUUGGUAGAUUCCCGAAAACAAGUUUACAAAGACCUAUUAGAGGAGUUAGGAAGAAGCAAUCUGUUAAACCAUCUAAUGAUAAUUUAGAUAAAUCAUCUAAAGAUAAUAUAGAUAAAUCAUCUAAAGAUAAUUUAGAUAAACCAGAAAAAUCAAUAAAUGAUGUAGUAGAUAAACCUGAAGUCAGUUCUACGGAAUCUUCGCAAACUUACCCUGACGAAAAAUAUAAAGUAAUUAAGGAACAACUUGAGAAUACGUUGAAAGUAGUACAAGAAGAGUCAGAAAAACCUGCUGCUAGUCGUACCCGUUCUCGUAGUAUGAGGAAAAAUGAUGAAUCUAUUACUUCAAUUGAAGAAAUUAAAAGAGACAAUUUAUCUCCUAUGGAUUCUAAUGUAGAAUUAAUGCGGUUGAGUCGUAAUGGUUCUACUACUUCAUCCGUCGUUGAAAAUCAUAAUAUUACUUAUGGAACUUUGGUUUGGGCCAAAAUGACCGGAUUUCCUUGUCCUGAAGUUACUGAUACUAUAAGAUCUGACAAAAAAGAAGGAGAUAGUUACUUGGUUCACUUCUUUGAUGAAAAGAAAGGAAAAAGGCGUAGUUGGAAAUGGGUUCCCGCAAGUAAAGUUGCUCUCAUUGGUGAUCCCAAAUUUGAUAUAGCUAAAAUAAAAGAUAGGACUAUGAAAGAAAAUAUGAAAAAAGAAGUUCCUAUAGCGUAUCGAGCUGCUUGGUAG